UGUUCAGACAGACGUGAAUGUGAAUGUCCACUAUUAAGCCUGUUUAAAUCCUCUCAAAUAUUCCUCUUCCUUGUUCCUUCAACAACUCUCCUCAAAUCUCUCUCCGGAAUUCAACAAUGGGUUCGACUAAGGCAGAGAAGUUUGGAGCCAUUAAAAGUUACAAGAAGAAACAUCUUCUUUGCAACCUCGUACUUCAUUUUCUGACUGCAAUAACAUGCAGUUUGGUUUGCACCAGCCCUUACUGGUUCACUUCUGUAUUUUAUUCCAUGAAUCAUUUUUUCUUAAUUUCUCUCCCAUAUAUUUGGUCCUCCUUCUCUAAUCCGAAGUUCUUAUUCGUCGUGGUUAAUGUCAUCGUCAUCUUCCUUGUUGGAGAAUCAAAGAUGGUAAGCACAAGCUCUUCCCCAGCUGAUGAAAUUUAUGAUGAAUAUGUUAAAAGGACUCAGAGUCUCAGGAGAGUCACAUCUGCUUGCGCGAAGAUGAAGGACGAGAAGGUAGAAGAAAAGAAGGAAGUUAUGAUAAAACCAGUGAAUAAAGUUGAAGACACAGAAGUGGAGAAAGAGAAAGAAAGCCGAGAAAAUUUUGAAAUAGUAGAAGAAGAUGAAGAGAAGGAAGGAGAUCAUGGAGAAGAGAAAGAAAGCCAAGAAAAAGUUGAAAUAGUGGAAGAAGAUGGAGAGAAGGAAGGAGGUCAUGGGGAAGAGGAACAAAACCGAGAAAAAGUUGAAAUAGCUGAAGAAGAUGAAGAGAAGGAAGGAGAUGGAGAAGAGGAGCCAGGAUUGCCUCCAGCAAUAGUGAGUGGAGAAGAUGAGGAAGAGAAUGGUGGAGGUGGAGAAGAGGAGGGUGGAUUGCCUGCAGAGGAACUAAAUAAAAGGGUUGAAGAGUUCAUAGCAAGGGUAAACAAACAAAGGUGGCUUGAAGCCAAUUCAUUAGUCCUCUAUUGUGAGACAUGAUUUGCAGAUAUAUGAAUUUGAGUACUUAAGAAAUUUGGGGUCAACAAAUUUUAGUAUAGGUAGCGGUCUAGAAUAUUUAGAAGCAAAUUUUAUUUGCGUCGUAACCAUGAAAUACAAACUCUGUAUUUGU